AUGGCGGUGACGGACUUUUUCGCCGGCGAGAUUACCACCGAACUCAUAAAAUACCUGCUGUUGAUAGUUAAAAAAUCCACUUUAUGCCGUUCAAGCGCAGAGAAUCUCAUUGACAAUAUCAAUGGUCUUCUUCCAAUCAUCCAAGAAAUCAAACAAACCGGUGUUGAACUUCCACAGAUACGGCAAACUCAGCUCGACGAUUUCUCCAAGCUUCUCCGAGAUGGCUACGAACUCGCCGGAAAAGUUCUCCACUCCGGCCGUUGGAAUAUGUACAGGAACCUACAGUUGGCUAGGAAAAUGGAGAGGUUAGAGAAAAGAGUAGCGAGGUUCAUGCAAGUUACAAUGCAAGCUCAUGUACUAGCUGAUGUUCAUCAUGUUAGGUUUAAUAUGGAGCAGAGAUUUGAUGUGCUUGAGCAUAGGCUUAAAGCUAUAAAAAUCGGAGUUGACGAUAGAAGUGGUGGAGGAGGAGGGUGUUUAGGGGAAGCUGUGAAAAGAAUGGAAGAAGAUGAGAAAUGGUUUGAGGAUAGUUUUGUAAAUUUAGGUGCUGGGAUUGAAUUGGGGAAGAGGAAGGUGAAGGAGAUGCUGAUGGGUGAACAAGAUAGGGGUGUGUUUGAGAUUUGUGGAAUUGGGGGUAGUGGCAAAACUACCUUGGCUAAAGAGAUUUGUAAAGAUGAUCAAGUUAAAAGUUAUUUCAAGGACAAGAUUUUCUUUUUUACUGUCUCUCAAUCUCCAAAUGUGGAGCAAUUAAGGAAAAUGAUUUGGGAAAAGAUAUCAGGGUGUAAUCUCCAUGGUUAUGGAUACGGGGAGAUGUUUCCCCAGUGGAACCUACAGUACCAAUGGAAUACGAAAUCUGCAUCCCCGGUACUCUUGAUUCUUGAUGAUUUGUGGUCUGCAUCUGUUCUAGAGCCACUAGUUUUCAAGAUCCCCGGAUGCAAGAUCCUAGUUGUAUCGCGCAUCAAGUUUCCUCCAUCGAUCAUUGACUGUGUUUAUGAUUUAGAGCUGUUAAGGGAAGAUGAAGCUAUGUCCUUAUUUUGCCAUUUUGCUUUUGGACACAAUUCCUUUCCGCGUGGUUUCAGCCAAAAGCUUGUCAAAGAGAUCGUGGAUGAAUGUGAAGGGCUUCCUUUGGCUCUUAAGGUCAUUGGAUCUUCAUUGAAGGGAAAACCUGAGAUGUUAUGGACAAGUGCAAAAAACAGAUUAUCACGAUGCCAACCUGUCUGUGAGUCUCAUGAACUGCAGUUGCUUGAGCGAAUGAAAUUGAGUAUUGACUGUUUGCCUGAGAAGGUGCGAGAGUGUUUCCUGGACUUGGGUGCUUUCCCAGAAGACAAGAGGAUUCCUCUCGAUGUUCUAAUUAACAUGUGGGUGGAGCUACAUGAUAUUGAUGAGGAGGAGGCUUUUCACAUUCUUGUUGAACUUUCAGACAAAAAUCUCCUAAAUCUAGUCAAAGAUGCACGAGCCGGAGACAUGUAUACAAGUUACUAUGAGAUAUCGGUGUUUCAGCAUGAUGUAUUACGAGACCUAGCAAUUCAUAUGAGCAACCGUGAUGAUAUAAAUAAGAGAAAGCGAUUGGUUAUGCCGCGAAGAGACACAAGCUUCCCAAGAGAAUGGGAAAGAAAUGUGGACGAACCUUUCCAUGCACGAGUUAUCUCUGUGCAUACAGAUGAAAUGAGAGAAAUGGACUGGUUCAGAAUGGAUUGCCCGAAAGUUGAAGUACUGAUUCUCAACUUUGCCUCAUCUGAAUACUUCUUGCCUCCUUUUCUGGAGAACAUGCCAAAGCUAAGGGCAUUGAUAAUCAUAAACUAUAGUGCUGGCAAUGCCGUUCUUCAUAACAUGUCUGUAUUCAGUCAUUUAACCAACUUGAGAAGCCUUUGGUUCGAGAAGAUAUCCAUCACUCACUUAUCUGACUCCACAAAUCCUCUCAAUAACCUGCGAAAGAUAUCUCUAGUGCUUUGUGACAUGAAAAACAGCUUAGAUGAGUCAGAUGUAGACCUCCCUGGUUUGUUCCCACAGCUCUCGGAGUUCACAAUGGAUCACUGCAUCAACUUCAACAAGCUACCAUCAAGCAUUUGCCGGUUGCAUAAGCUCAACAGCCUGAGUAUCACUAAUUGUGAUAGUCUUUAUGAACUUCCAUCUGAUUUAGGUGAAUUACAAACUGUACAAGUUUUAAGGAUAUAUGCCUGCCCACAUCUGAAAAGGCUUCCCCCGGGAAUCGGUCAUUUGGUAAAGCUGAAGUACCUUGACAUUUCACAAUGUGUUGGUUUGAGAUGUCUCCCUGAAGCAAUUGGUUGCUGUAGAAACUUAGAGAAGAUCGAUAUGAGGGAGUGCCCUCAAAUCGACAGUUUGCCUAGCGCUCUAUCCUUUCUUGAAUCAUUACGCUGUGUUAUCUGUGACGAUGAAGUUUUUUGUCAAUGGAAAGACGUUGAGAAGGCUGUACCAGGUCUCUGUGUACAGGUUGCCGAGGAGUGCCAUACUCUUGACUGGCUAUCUCAGUAAUCAAAGUUUUCAAUUCCCUUACGUUGGGCUUCUUUUGUGUAAAUAUAGCAAGGUUCAGUUAAUUUUCCAGUUCUGUAUUUUCCCCUUUACAUGGGGUUCCUUAUAUCUCUUGUAAAUAAUAUAUAUAGCUACAUGUAAAUAUAUAGAUGGAUUACUUCUCAAUA